CAGAAAAGUGAUAUUCUGAUGUUCUCACAGGACUAUGCAAACGGCUGUUGGGGUAUUUGGUGGCGGUGACUAUACAGAUAGGAUGGAUAUACUACCACUGAUGGUGGCAAAUGCUGGAAAUAGUGAGCGUGCUGCAAUUUCAAGUCUUAAUUGCCCACCUAUCCUUGCCGUGGAACUAUGUCGCGAGCAUUUGGGUAUCCAUCCUUGUGACAAGAGGAGAAGCGUCAGUGAAUAUCAAUGUCUUUUUCCUGCGGUUGAUUUUUCACUGAUAGAGAGUGAUGAGGAUGCUUUAUGGAAGGUUGAUGUCAGAGAGACUAAGGAGGAGCUUGCAGCUAGAGGAAUGAACUUUCUGAUCUGGUGAAAAAUUUAUUUUCUUAUUUCCAUGGAAGA